GAGAAACAAGUUUUGUAAGAGGAUGUCCAAGGAGGCACCGUCAUGGUCGUUUUCGUCACUGCCAGACGAUAUCAUCUUAAACGUCUUAGCACGUGUUCCGAGACGGUAUCAGCCAAUCCUCUCUUGCGUGUCGAAGAAGUUACGAUCUCUAGUACGUUCCUCUGAGCUUCAGAUAACGCGAUCUCUCCGGGGAAAAGGGGAUCGCUUCUACGUCGGCUUUAAAAAAGCGUAUUCGUGUUCUUCUUACGUAACCUGGGAUUCGUAUCAUUGGUUCACUUUCACUGAGAGUCAUCAUCGUUUGGCCUCGAUCCCGUUCCCUUCUUCUCCGCUCAAGCCUUACUCUACAACUCCUAUUAUGGUGGGUACUGAUAUCUACAUUGUGGGCGGCUCGAGAAACAUGUGGAUCCUGGACACUCGGUCUGGAAAGUUGCGUCGGGGUCCAAAGUCGCCUGUGUUCAGAGAUAGAGCAGCCGUGGGACUAGUUAACGACAAGAUUUACAUUUUUGGAGGAACUUGUCCAAAAAGUUAUUACGAGGAUAUUCAAGCGCAAGCGUUUGACCUAAACACCCAAACUUGGCAACUCGCGCCAAACCCUAGCGUGAAAGUGAAUAGUAUAAAUAAUUCUGUGGUAACCCCGGCACUAGGCAGAAAAAUAUAUGUGAUGAGUGGUAAGAACGUCAUAGUUUAUGACACUAGAGAUGGUACAUGUGACGAAAUUAUAAGAGCUGAGGACUUCAACAGUCAAACUAUCUGUGUGGUAGACAACGUGCUAUACAUGCAUUACCAUGAUGUUGGGUUAAUGUGGUAUGAAUCUAAGGCUAAAGAAUGGAGAGUGGUUCAUGGUCUGAAGUUCAAGGGUUAUUUCUCUAAUAUCAAAAUGGCUGAAUACAAUGGAAAGUUGGCGUUUUUGUGGCAUAGUGUGAACAAUGGAGAGGUUUGGUGCUCAAUGAUCGCCUUGUUUGGGAGUAGUAAUGUAGCCAUUCGAGGGCUUGUCGAGUGGUCUGACCGUCUACUUUCCGACGUCCCUUUUAGCUACUACGUGAAAGAUUUUAUGGUUUGUACGGAUUAUUAUAAGUAGGGAUCUCUUAUCUCUUUUUUUUUCUUAGUGCUUUUAGAGGUUUUGUGUUCC